AGCUGCCCUCAGAGGGUCGGCAGGGGAGCCGAGUGGGUCGGGCGGGGCCGAGCCGGGCCGGGGGCCGUGUUGGGGCCGGACGGCGGCCAGGCUGGGCGAACGGCGGGAUGGGCUGCACCGUGAGCGCCGAGGACAAGGCGGCGGCCGAGCGCUCUAAGAUGAUCGACAAGAACCUGCGAGAGGAUGGCGAGAAGGCGGCGCGGGAGGUGAAGUUGCUGCUGUUGGGUGCUGGGGAGUCAGGAAAGAGUACCAUCGUCAAGCAGAUGAAGAUCAUCCACGAGGAUGGCUACUCAGAGGAGGAAUGCCGGCAGUACCGGGCAGUUGUCUACAGUAACACCAUUCAGUCCAUCAUGGCCAUCGUCAAGGCCAUGGGCAACCUGCAGAUUGACUUUGCCGACCCCUCCCGAGCGGAUGAUGCCAGGCAGUUGUUUGCACUGUCUUGCACAGCCGAGGAGCAGGGCAUGCUCCCGGAGGACCUGUCCGGCGUCAUCCGGAGGCUCUGGGCUGACCAUGGUGUGCAGUCCUGCUUUGGCCGCUCGAGGGAGUACCAGCUCAAUGACUCGGCUGCCUACUACCUGAACGACCUGGAGCGAAUCGCACAGAAUGACUACAUCCCCACCCAACAGGAUGUGCUGCGGACCCGGGUGAAGACCACGGGUAUUGUGGAAACGCACUUCACCUUCAAGGACCUACACUUCAAGAUGUUUGAUGUGGGUGGUCAGCGGUCUGAACGGAAAAAGUGGAUCCACUGCUUUGAAGGUGUCACAGCCAUCAUCUUCUGCGUGGCCUUGAGUGCCUAUGACCUGGUGCUGGCUGAGGAUGAGGAGAUGAACCGCAUGCAUGAAAGCAUGAAGCUGUUUGACAGCAUCUGCAACAACAAGUGGUUCACGGACACAUCCAUCAUCCUCUUCCUCAACAAGAAGGACCUGUUCGAGGAGAAGAUCACACACAGCCCCCUGACCAUCUGCUUUCCUGAGUACACAGGGGCCAACAAGUACGACGAGGCAGCCAGCUACAUCCAGAGCAAGUUUGAGGACCUGAACAAGCGCAAAGACACCAAGGAGAUCUACACACACUUCACAUGUGCAACCGACACCAAGAAUGUGCAGUUUGUGUUUGAUGCUGUCACCGAUGUCAUCAUCAAGAACAACCUGAAGGACUGCGGCCUCUUCUGAGGGGCAGCAGGGCUUGGCAGGAUGGACCACCGCCGACUCUGCUCCCCCUAACCUGAGGAAGAUGGGGGAAAGAGGACCACGCUCCCCACCUGGCCCCCUGACCGCUUCUCCCUUCUUUCCUGUCUCUGCUCUUGGCUCCCCCAACCCCUCUUCUCUAAAGAUUUGGGGGAGAGGUUUGUCACAGGCCUCCCGAUUUGAAGCCUGCCCUUAGCUGAGGUGCCUGGAAUGGCCCCGGUACCUCCUUCCUGGGCAUUUGUUCUGAUUUUUACCCAUUGUCUUAUUCUGUGAUUGGGGUGGGGUGGGGGAUGG